UGUGUUACUUUUCGUCUCCACGAAAUCGCAUCGUUUGUCCUCUCAGUCUCCGCACGGCGCGCUGUGUUACAGAUUACCUAAAGUCCUCUCAAUUGCUUUCAACUCUCAGUCUAAGUCUGCAUACCCAGCGGAGAUUUCAUCUCACGAAAUAUUGAACCAGCUUGAUAAAUAUUACUUGGUUCUUCUUAUCCGUACUUGGGGCCUGUGGCAGCAAGCUCAUUAUCACAGGCAAGAAGUCAUUCGCAUGCACUCUUCCAAUAGAGUUAAUUCUUUGACAGAAGGAGUUUCGAGAUUGGACUUUGACGACGACAUGGGCCCUGGAGACUGUCAAAUUAUGGAAUGCAAGUGUGGCAUGCCUUUGUGCAUCUGUGUAGCUCCUUCCCAAUCAACCAAUACACCGAACCCACAGCCUACACGUGCCCCUGUGGCUCUCCCUCAGUCAGAUCCUAAAACGAAGUCAGAUACUUCAGCAAAAAGUAAAGGUUCCACUUCCAGCAGCAAUGCUAGAUUGGCUCUGAAUCCUGGAUUAGACAACCCCCAAAGAGAUUAUGAAGUCAACGGAGAGGGAUUAAGGGAAGCAAUUAAGAAUGGUGACAUUGCUGGUGUGAAAAAGCUUCUGAAAGAGGGCGUGGAUGCAAAUUACCAUGACAAGCAGGGAAUGUCAGUGCUUCAUCUGACUGCCCUAUUCAACAAAACUGAUAUUGCGUUGAUGUUAAUGGAACAUGGAGCCAGUCUUGAGGACAAAAAUGCACAGGGAGAAACACCGGUCGAUUGUGCUCCUGCAACACUGCAAUAUAAGAUGCGGGAAAAGAUGGAGAAGAUGAUGUCGACUUAAUAUAAACUAAGGCAGAGGUUCAAAUCUUCCUCCACGUUUUUUUUUUCAUUCUUUGUUUUCAGAUAAAAAAAAAGUCUGUAAAGUAUCAAAAGGGGUCAUCAAUUUGCUGCUAAGACAUAAUAUUGAUUCUGAGUGCACUAUUUCAUGUUAUUUGAA